CUUGUCUGUAUGCGCAUUAUUAUAGUGCCUCUGCCUUUUCCAAUGGAAAAAACAGUACCAAAAACAGAGUACACGGAAUGCGUGAGUGAAUAAGAGCUAUAGAAAUCUGCAAUGUUUUUGUGUUGUCUACUACUUUGUCCUAAACCAAAAUUUAAUUCAUAAGCGUUUUGUAAUUUGCCAAACAAAUCUUACAUUUUUCAGUCUUAUUGUGAAGUCUCAUUUAGUUGAUUUUAGGUCGAAUAGACUAACAAAAAUGUCUAUAUCAGACAUAAAACAUGCCUUAAGAAAGUAUGAAUUUCCAGCUAGUGCAAAAGAAGCACUUAUAAAAAUUGAGCAAUUAUUAGUAGGACGCUCAGCUCCCACGAACAAACAGAUGGAUAUAGCAAUGGAAAUUAUGACAGAAUUUGUAUUUUGCGAGAGUGAUCGUCGGGGCGGGAGACGCAGCGGAGGCCUCAAUCCUCUUCAGGAAUUACAGCUCAUAGAUGUAAUCUGCGAGUAUUUGUCGUCGUGUAGCAGCGAGACCACGAAAAAUACGAUAUUCUUGUCGUUGUUCGGUGGUAUGGAAGGUCAGCGGAGAUUGAAAAUAUUAAGCAUUCUCGCUAGUAUGGCUGUUUCAGCGUCUAGUACACCUGUCCUUCUAGCUGUAGGUGUAUGGUUGCAACAGAUGGGCUGUUCUUCUCUUCAAUCUCUCCAGCUUGCAGAAAACAUAAUAAGAGAUCAUUUUCAUCUAAACACAUCCAACCAGCUGGCCCUAAAGUCGCUUGCAAACACUGCACCACAAUUUGUUGCUAACUUUAUUACUGCAGUCACCGAGCUUUAUAUGAAAGACGUCCAGGGAAUAAAAAAGUUACCACCCAAAAAUUUGUUAGAAGUCAUUACAUCUUGGGUGUUCUCAAAUCCAUCUCUCUGCAUGUCAGCCCAGCUAAAUCCAGCAGCUUUGCCAGUGGGAGCUAUCCCAAUGGCGGCCGUUACACCUUUAUCUGGACUCAUACACUGGUGUGCAUUGGCUCCUUUAUAUGUUGAUGAUGAUUCAGAAAUGGUAGAAAUACCAAUACCAGCAAAGAAAAUCAAAAUAGAAGGCAUCAAAGACCACAUAAAGCCUGUUACAAAUAAACAUUACACAGAGUCCGAGCUCUAUAUCAAGCUGCAACUUGGAGUGCUCCAGAGCUUACGGGCUGGAAGACGAACACAUGGGCCCCCCACAGCGGUGAACGCACAGCAGUUGUCUGCACUGAUACCAAUAGUACUAAUAUAUGCUCAACAGAUAGUACAGAAUGGAGGCAAUGUAAUUACUGAUAGCAAAUUACAGGACUGCCUUGAUCGAAUGGGCCAAUCAAUACAAGUAGCCCUCGCCAACGGUUGUGUGUAUGGCAAUGUUAGCAACUUGCUGUCUCUACUGACAAACCUGCCUGAAAAUCGACUGAUUAGGAUCAUUAUGAAUACGCACCAGGCGACUAUUUGACAAUAUAUGUAAUUUUAUUUAUUAAGUUAUAUGUAUAUGAACUCCAUUUUAAAAAGACUACUAAGGAAAUCAUAGUUUUUGUUAUAAAGACUCGUUAUUUAAUGAACCUGCUAUUAUAAAUUGAGUUAAUGAUGCAAGUACAAAAUAUGUACACAUUGUAAGUGUUUAGAUAGCAUUCCACACCUAUAAUGUAUCUGAAAGAUUUUCAUGUUUAAGGAAUUUUCAUAUUGUUAACCUAAAUAAGAGAGAUGAAUAUUGAAAUAAAAACCUGU